UUCACAUAAUUUCAAUUUCCCUCCCUUCUAAUUUCUACCUUUUCCCUUGCUGGCCCUCCCGCCUGUCUCUUCUUUGUUGCCUACCGCGACAGCAGCCGACGCUCUCCUUCGAUUUAGUGCAAUCCAGUCCGAUUGUUGGCCGGCGCUGUGUGUUUCUUCUGGAAAUGCUUUCUGAUUAUGCAACAUGUGAGCCUCUUGUAGUGCUAUUAUGGUAAGAAGCAUAUACGGUGCCUAAUUGGCUAAUUUCAGAGCUUGUACAGAGGACAUAAUCGAAUAUCCCUCUCUAGCUCUCCUGCAUGUGCUGUGCUAUCGUUUCGUAGAGGUUGGUUUGACAUUGCUCUUUGGGUUUAAGUAAAAUGGAAAUAUUUGAGGCUGGUAGGCCAAGCUUGCUUGCAAGUUUGGGGAGAUUUAUGAGAAAAUGCAUAUUUCGCAUUCUAUCAAUAGGUCCCAUCCCAAGUCAUGUUGCCUUCAUAAUGGAUGGAAACCGAAGGUUUGCUAAGAAGGAGAAACUGGAAGAAGGAUCUGGUCACAGGGCUGGAUCUUUAGCUCUAAUGUCCACGCUUAAGUACUGCUAUGAGUUGGGAGUGAAGUAUGUGACUAUAUAUGCCUUCAGCAUUGAUAAUUUUAGAAGGCGACCUGAUGAGGUUCAGCUCAUAAUGGAUCUGAUACUGGAGAAGAUUGAGGGGCUGCUCAGGGACGAAAAUGUUGUCAAUGCAUAUGGCAUCAGAGUACGAUUUGUAGGUACCUUGAAGCUUCUAAGUGAGCCAGUCAGGGUCGCAGCAGAAAAAGUCGCCAGGGCUAGUGCCAAGAAUACCAAGUUUGUGCUUGUCAUUUGUAUAGCCUAUUCUUCAACUGAUGAGAUUGUGCAUGCUGUUCAAGAAUCUUGUAAAUAUAAAUUGAACAAAAUUGAGCCAUCUAACUCCAACAGGGCUUGCAAUGAUGGGAAUGAACAAGUAGAAGAAAAUGGUAAGAAGAUAGAUAGUACCAUCACACAUGGUGUUCAAGAAUCCUGCAAAGAUGAAACAGAUAAAUCUCGCACAAUAAACGCAAAGCCAAUGUAUAAUGGUGUGACCAAAGAAGCUGGAGGGACUGACAAUGCUAAUACUGUGAUAGUAAAUUCCAUCGGAGACAAGUGGGAUGAUGCUCACGAACUGGAGGCAACUAGAACUGGCAAUGGUGUGAUUUCAGUAGAAGAAAUUGAUAAGAUGCUGUCACAUUCUAGCAUAAAGCUGGUAGACAUUGAGAAAAAAUUGCACAUGGCUGUAGCCCCUGAUCCUGAUAUCUUGGUUCGAACUUCUGGAGAGAGCCGUCUGAGCAACUUCCUACUUUGGCAGACUAGUAACUGUUCACUGUAUUCUCCAAAGGCACUGUGGCCGGAGAUUGGCCUACGCCACUUGGUGUGGGCAGUAAUAACCUUCCAACGUAAUCAUUCUUAUUUGGAGAAGAAAAAGAAGCAGUUGUAACCAUUUCUUUUUCACCUUUUUCCGACUUAUUUGAGAUUUUUUUUU